AAGUUUGCCUUGCCGCCUUGUUCAGUACGUAGUCGGGACGUGGCCAUGAGGUCAAAUGCUAUAACGUAACCAACACGUGCCAUAUUUCGCGCCGAUAAUAACGAUAAGAGAUUUAUUUCUAUAUAUUAAGCAAAUAUUUUUACUACGACAAAAACACUUACAAAUAUUGUAAAAAGAACAGUUUCAUAGACAUGAUGAACUAUUUACACACAUUAAUAGUUGUGAUUAUGCUGACGCUUACAUUAGCUUCAGCUCCAAUAGAAGUGCUAAUACUCAUCACUAGUCAAGACAAUAGUUACCAUCACCAAUUAAGUACCAAACUUCGCAAUAACAUCAUCAGCCAAUCGCAUGCAAUAUCCUUGGAUUAUCUAAUCAAUGUGCAAAUACUACAUAAAAUAUUCAAUCACCCUGGAGAUUGGAGCUUACUGACCGCAUUGCCGUAUCUGUCUCGUUACAUUGUCAGUGACAAUACAAAGUGGAUUAUCCUGUGCGAGGACAGUACACACAUCGCGCUGCAACAACUUUUAGAGAAACUAAGACAGGAAAACCACACUGAGCCACUUUUGCUUGGACAUGCCUUAUAUGAUCAAGAGGCAACCAUAAUUCAUCACUUCGCAUUCUUUGAAAAUCCACGUUGGUUUCCCUAUCCAAUGCUGCGCUCUGGUGUCAUUUUCACCGCAACGCUUUUCAAAAGCACAGUUGCGGCUUUGGCAUCCCAUAAAGAUGGGAAUAAUAUUGGUGGCACAACGUUGUUCCAGCCACGGCGUGCAGAAUUUACAAUUGAUGCUGCACAUGAGCUGGCAUUGUAUAUUCUGGAGAACGUACAGGUACAAGAAGGAAGCAGCUAUAGAGGUCUUGAAGAAAUGAACAGUGCUGGUGCGCCGAUAAUGGACAAUAAAGUUACCAGCACCCUUGCCGCCAAUGUUAUCAACAGGGCAACCACCAAUGUGAACACUGACAGUAAUGAGCUGCAGUCAGCUUAUGAAUUUAAGUCUCCGUACGUGAAAAAACAAAAGGGAGCAGCUUUGAAAAAUAAGCUGAAAAUGAUUUUAAAAAAAGCUUCAUACAUAUGCCCAAAGGCAAACACAGCUGGAACAUUGGCCACGACCACAUUAGCAGUUGAAACUUUAACAUUGCCAGAAAGUGAAAGUAAUACCGACCGAAGAGAUAGUAAUAUUAGUAAUGGCAUUGACAAUGGCAAAAAUGCUAACAACGAGAAGGUUGGUGAAGAUGAUUCUAACCAAGUUUGUGCUAUGUACGCCAAGCCAAUGGAUGUGACAACAUGUCUACCUGUUAGACGUGCUGAAAUAUAUUUUGCCAUCAAGACUUGCAAACGUUUUCAUACGGAACGCAUACCAAUAAUUGAAGCAACUUGGGGUCCUUUCACGGUACAUAAGCGUUACUUCAGUGACGUUGCCGAUGCGAAUGUACCAACCAUCAGUGUCGGUUUGCCCAAUGUUGAAACGGGCCACUGUUCCAAAACUUUGGCCAUAUUGCGAUUCGCAUUGAAGGAUAUAGAACGUAUAAAUCUACAAGUUAAUGAGGUGUACAAUUCUGAAACAAUGGAGAAGACUGAAGCCAUGAAGAGUGCGAUACAAUGGAUAUUUCUUUGCGAUGACGACACUUUGUUAAGCGUGGCUGGUAUUUGUGAAAUUCUGGGCUGUUUCAAUCCGCACGAUAAUAUUUACCUUGGCGAGCGGUACGGCUACCGUUUGUAUGCAGAAGAUGGCUUCAAUUACAUCACCGGCGGUGGUGGCAUCGCAUUGAGCCUUCCAGUUGUCCGACUCAUAUUACAGCAUUGCACUUGUCCGUCAGCAACUGCACCGGAUGAUAUGAUUUUGGGCUCAUGUUUGCACUCACUUCAAUUGAGUGCCAUACACACGCCAAGGUUCCAUCAAGCACGUCCCAAUGAUUAUCCUCCUGCACUGCUACAGAUUGAACCGCCAAUUUCGUUUCAUAAAUUCUGGCAAUUGGAUCCGUAUAUGGUGCAUUCGGAUUGGUUUGCUACGGCAGACCAUCAGAUGUUGCAAGCAGAGAAAUUGAAAGCUAAAUAUAAUUUUCGGCUUUCCAACUUCAAUUAUGAAAGCGUAAAAUUAGCAAAAUCCUCGAGCUCAAUUUAUGAAACAAAAUUUUACUGUCAUCAGCAGCAACAACAACAACAACACCACCGCAAUCAUUUUAAUUCUGCAUCCAAUUUCGUUUCGCCAAAACCAAUUUUGUUUCCAUUUCCGCUUUUUCCAGCCAUGCAUCACACCAAAGAGAAACAUCUGGAUUUGUGAAAAUUUUUGUUAUGCUUAGGAGGAUUUAAAGAUUAUGUUUUGUUGUUGUUAUUAUGGAAUACU